AACAUAACUGGCCGGAACCUUCCAGUUGCGCUAUUGUUUCGGGCGGAGCUUGCGCUGAUCUCGCGGAAGUCAGCCGGUGCGCUUCUUCCUGUUCGCUGUGCAUUGUGGGGCAGGCGGGACGCCAUUAGAUCGCAAAUCGUAAGCGACACGAGUAGAUCACUCAUAUCUGACCAUGUCUAUCGGUGUGCCCAUCAAAGUGCUGCACGAAGCAGAAGGACAUAUCGUCACCUGCGAGACCAAUACCGGCGAGGUGUACAGAGGGAAACUCAUUGAGGCGGAGGAUAACAUGAACUGCCAGAUGUCAAACAUUACUGUGACCUACAGAGAUGGCCGAGUAGCACAGCUUGAACAGGUCUACAUUAGAGGCAGCAAAAUACGUUUUCUCAUUCUUCCUGACAUGUUGAAAAAUGCUCCAAUGUUAAAGAGUAUGAAGAAUAAAAAUCAAGGCUCGGGGGCUGGAAGGGGGAAAGCAGCCAUUCUCAAAGCCCAAGUGGCAGCAAGAGGCAGAGGACGUGGCAUGGGACGGGGAAACAUUUUCCAAAAGCGACGAUAACCUGAUGCUUUUACCACUUUUUUUUUUCUAAUGUAACUGUUCAAAUAAAUGUUUUUUGUUUUUCGUUUUUGAACUUUGGUAAAAGUUUGUAAUGUUGACACACUA